CCUGGGCCGGGGCGCGGGCGGCAGCCUCGGAUUCUGGUGGGCUGCGCGGAUGGGACGGUGAAGCGCUUCGAUACUGAGGAGGGCAUUUUCCAAGGCCAGAGACACUGCCCCGGCGGGGAGGGCACCUUCCGAGGUCUCGCCCAGGCCGAUGGCAACCUCAUCACAUGUGUGGAUUCCGGGAUCCUCAGAGUCUGGCAUGACAGUGAGAAAGAGACAUCAUCUGACCCCCUCUUGGAACUGAGGGUAGGUCCUGAGGUAUGUAGGAUGCGCCAAGACCCAGCACACCCCCACAUGGUUGCUACUGGGGGGAAGGAGAAUGCUUUGAAAGUGUGGGACCUGCAGGGAUCCAAGGAACCUGUGUUCAAAGCCAAGAAUGUGCGGAAUGACUGGCUCAAUCUGCGGGUUCCCAUUUGGGAACAAGAUAUACAGUUCCUCCCUGGUUCACAGAAGCUUGUCACAUGCACAGGAUACCAGCAGGUGAGGCAGCAUCUCAUUGCGGCCUGCUGCUGGGUUGAAGCAGCUUCCUGAACAGAAUAGACUUUGUAGUAUGAUACAGCCACCUUUGCACUGUCUUCUCCUGAGCUUCCUCAUGUAGACUAGCCUUGGUACUGAACCUGUGGCAUUCCCUUACUAUAGUCUAGGA